UAAUACCAUACUCGUAUCAAUCAACAAAUUGAACUAAAAUUCAAAUUAACUCAGUUAUUCGCUUAAUUUGUUAGUUUCGUCUUGUAUAUGGCAAAGAAAUACCAAUAUGUAGCCAUUUUAAUAACAGUCAUGGUAAUCCUUAGUGGAGCCCAUCGGAUGAAGCGUUUAUCCACGCCCGAAUUUCAUGGAGAAGACACCCUCGAGUUGGCCAAGUACGUGGUGUCCAUCAGAUCGAGAACCCCAAACAAAUUCUUUGGCGACAAUCACUACUGCGGAGGAGGGCUACUAUCCAACCAAUGGGUGAUAACUGCCGCCCAUUGUGUCAUGGGACAAUCCAAGAUCAUGUACAAGGCUCGAUGGCUGCUGGUGGUGGCCGGAUCCCCGCAUAGACUGCGCUAUAUCCCCGGAAAAUCGGUCUGUUCGCCAGUGUCCAGUCUGUACGUCCCGAAGAACUUCACCAUGCACAACACAUACAACAUGGCUCUAAUGAAGCUUCAGGAGAAAAUGCCCUCGAAUGAUCCACGAAUAGGAUUCCUUCAUCUGCCGAAAGAGGCACCGAAAACCGGGGUCAGGCACACUGUCCUCGGCUGGGGAAGGAUGUAUUUUGGCGGACCUUUGGCAGUGCACAUAUAUCAAUUGGACGUGGUUCUCAUGGACAACGCGGUGUGUAAGACGUACUUCCGACACUAUGGUGAUGGAAUGAUGUGUGCUGGGAACAAUAAUGGGACAAUAGACGCGGAACCGUGCAGCGGCGACAUCGGAUCCCCAUUACUAGCCGGAAAGGUGGUUGUCGGCAUAGUUGCCUAUCCGAUUGGCUGCGGUUGCACCUAUAUUCCGUCCAUCUAUACUGACGUAUUUAGCGGCUUAAGGUGGAUCAGGCAAACGGCAUAUGACUGGGCCAGCAUCACUAAGGCAAAUCCAACCCUCAUGUUCAUACUGUUGUAUGUAGUUCAUAGCUGCUUAAAUCGCAUUUGAAAAUUUCAGAAAGUAAACUAAUAAUAUAUGCAA